UCUAAGAUGAGAGGUCAGGAUUCAGAUGUCCAACAACAUCUAGAAGCGCUCUACAAUGAGAAAGAACACAUGCAGAAAGAGAUUUUUCUACUGAGAGAAACCAUUAAGGACUUGGAAAUGAGAAUUGAAACUCAGAAACAGACGCUGGCUGCAAAGGAAGAGGGCAUCAAGAAAUUGGUAGAAUUUCAGCAAAGCAAAAGAACAGGUCAUCUUAUGGAAGAAGAACGUCUUGAAAUAGAAAGGCUUAAAAACAAGUUCAUUGAAGCUGAAGCGAAAGCUCGUCAUAUGGAAGAAUUACUGGAAAACAAGGACAGGGAUGUUGGAAAGUUGGACGAGCUGCGUUUUGAGAUUAACAGACGAGAUCAGGAGAUCAUGGCUAUGAAUGCCAAGAUGAGAACGUUGGAGGAACAGCAUCAGGACUACCAACGUCACAUCGCUGUUCUUAAGGAAUCGUUAUUUGCUAAAGAAGAACACUACAAUAUGCUUCAGGCCGAUGUUGAAGAAAUGAGACAAAAGCUGGAAGAAAAGAACGCUAACAUUGAGAAAAAGACUCAUCAGGCCACCACAGCAACUCAGGAAAAGAACAGGCUGUCUCAAGAGGUUCAGGAACUCAGAGAUCACAUGGAGAUCAAAGAUAGGAAGAUUAAUGUUCUACAGAGAAAGAUUGAAAAUCUUGAAGAUUUGCUGCGAGAGAAGGACAAUCAAGUGGACAUGGCUAGAGCUCGGCUUACAGCUAUGCAGGCUCAUCACUCGUCUUCAGAAGGUGCUUUGUCCAGUUUGGAGGAAGCCAUUAGCGAUAAGGAGAAGCAGAACACACAGUUACGAGAACAGCGUGAUCGCGCUGAACAAGAACGGAAUGAAGAGCGUGAGUUGCACGAGCAUGAAAUAGCAGAAUAUAAGAUGAAGAUGCACGCUCUUGAGAGUGAAAUGGAUAAACUUCAGAUGAAGCUUGAAAAGGCAGCUGGGGAGAAGGACCGUCUUGAAGUGAGGUUGGAAAACUCCCAGUCAGAGCUUGGCCAAGCCAGAGCAGAGCUGGAGAAGGUACAAACAGAAGUCAACAAGUCACAAGUUGAAUGGGAAAAAGGAAAAGGAGAAAGCUCCUGGCUCACUCUAGAAGCUGAACGCUUGAGAGAACAGAACGAAUGGCUAAAAACGGAGUUAGGUAAGUCCCGAGAUUCUUACGGCAAGUCAAACCUGUACCAAUCAGAUGAAGUGGAACGGUUACAAGAAAAACUGGAAAAGAUCCAGUCGGAUUUACGCCGGGCGCAGGCUGAGCUACGAAUGAACCAAGCGGAACAGGAUCGAGCACGUGGGGAGGUUGAACAGCUUCAAGAAAAGGUCGAGAGGUCACAAGGAGAAGUGUAUCGCUUCAAAGCAAAGUUAGAAAAUGCUCAAGCAGAAAAACAAAACUUGCAGGAAGAGUACGACAGAGUUCAAGCACUGGUUGCUCGCAGCCAAUCAGAACGUGACGUGGCCCUAGCUGAGACAGAGAAGCUUCGUAACGAACUCGAAAGAGUUCAGGGUUCUCUUGGUAAGACCCAAGUACAACAUGAGAAAACCCAGGCAGCUUUAGACAAGGCUCAGUUGGACUGCGAUAGGAUACAGGAAAAACUAGAUAAGGCUAGUGGUGAAAUACGUAGACACCAAACUGAGAGGGAGCAGGCACAAUGUGAAAUGGAGAACUUACAGUCCCAGGUUUAUCAAUUACAGAGUCAAACUCAAAAAUAUCAGCGAGAGAAAGAAGUGGCACUGAUUGAAGUUGAAAAGCUAAAAGAGAAGCACGAAAGAGCACAGUCGCAGUUACAGCGCCUGCAACGAGAUAAGGACCUGUCUCAUCAUGAGAUCGAAAAGCUUCAGGAAAGAGUAGAUCUACUUCAAGCACAGCUGAAUAAGUCUAACAAAGAUCGAGAAAAUGCUCAGGCAGAGUUUGAGGUCAUCAAAGAAAGAUUCGAGAAGUCUCAGAACCAACUGGAGCGGUAUCACGCAGAUUAUGACACCGCCCAUGCUGAGAACAAAGUAUUAAAAGAGAAGCAUGAUAAACUACAGCAGCAGUUACAGAAGCUGCAAGAAGAUAAAGAAAUGACAAGAGUUGAAUGUGAGAAACUUCAAGGGAAGAUGGAAAGGAGCCAAUCAGAAACGUUCAAAAUCCAGUCUAAGUAUCACCAAGCACAAGCAGAAGUAGACAGACUAAAUAUAGAACUAGAAAAAGCUGUGGUUGUUACAAACAAAACAAAAGAGGAUUACAAAAAGGCUCAAGAUGAGUUCGAAGGGCUGGAAGAGAUGUAUUCAAGAACCAGCUUGCAGCUUUCAAAGACAAAAGAAUCGGAAGAAAAGCUGAGAAACGAGCUCGACAGAUGCCAGAUGGAUUUGGAGGUUAUUCGAGACAGAUACGAGAAAUCUCAGGUGGAAAUGAGGCGAAUCCAAUCAGAGCGGGAUAAACUGCAAGCUGAAGUGGACCGCAUGUCUAUAGAACUGGACCGUGUACAAACACAAGUUGGUAAAACACAAACUAGUCACGAAAAGACUCAGGAAGAGGUCGCCAGAAUGCACGUCGAGUUGGAAAAAGUGUAUGAAAAAUUGGAUAGGUGUCAAGUAGAGUUGAGAAAAACACAAAACGAGAAAGACCGCACCCAGACAGACAAAGAAAAUAUACAAUUAGAAUUAGAGAGGUAUCAAUCUCAACUCAUUAAAUAUCAGUCUAUGCAGGAUAAGUCUCAGUCAGAGGUGGAUAGGUUAUAUAUUGAUUUAGAGAAAAUAAAAGACAAAUAUGAGAAAAUAUUAGCAGAUUUAGGAAGAGCUAAUGAGGAAAAAGAAAGCUUAAGUUUGGAAUUAAAAAAAAGGGAGGAGUAUGAUCACAAACCAAAUAACGGUAAAUCUGUAACACAAACCAAAACGUAUAAGCAUUCUGAAGAAAUGGAAGUGAUGCACAUCGAGGUGGAAAAAAUUAAAGAUAAAUAUGAAAGAGCCUUGCACGACAUCAAACAACUUCAAGAAACAAAACAACGACAACAAAGAGAGAUUGAAAAUCUACAGUAUGAAUUAGAAACAGGUCAGUCUAAGAUUCAUAGAGUAUCGUCGUACGAAGGAAGACAGAAAAUUGAUUUUGAGAGGUUAGCAAUUGAAGCAGAGAAAAUAAAAGACAAAUUGGAACGGAAAGAAGCAGACAUGGAGAAACUGAAGAGGGAAAAGAACUUGCUCCAAGAAAGAGUUGACGAGUUAGAGACGUCUUUAGGCUUAGCUCAUUCCAAACUGGAGGCGUUUCAUACUAGCCAAGAACAGAGAUGCGACAGUGACACUAACUACGGAGAGAUAGAGAAACUGAAACAACAAUUGAAUGAAUCAGGAAUUGAACUUCAACAAACCCUCGCAGAAAAUAAUCAACUACGGAUACAAAUGGAAAGGCUAGAGCAGGAUUUAGAUGAAGCUGAUAAAUAUAUUACCCGCUAUAAUCAGAAUCAGGAUGUUUCAAAAGAGGAGACUGGUAGAUUAAAAGACGAGAUUCAGCAAUUGAAGGAUAAGCUAGAAAACUCUCAAGAGGAGUUUCACCAUAUUGUGGAAGAAAGAGAAAAAUUGAAGCAGGAGGUAUUGCAAUACCAACAGGAGAUUCAAAACACCAAGUCAACAGUGGAGAGAACACAAGAUGUCAAACAACAGUGCAAAGAAGAACUUGACAAGUCAAGACAAGAAAUUCAGUGGAUGCAGAAGCAAGCAGAGAAAAUGGAGUACCAACUACAGAAUACUGAGAUAGACAACCAAGAAUUACGGCAGAAGCUAGAAUGGGCAAUGGAAGCCAUUGCUGACAAUCAGAGGCAGAUAGAAGAUGCUAAAACUGAGCUAGAAAAGGCAAAAGAAAAAGAAAAUGAGAUGUUUGCUGGUAGGUUUCAGGUAGGAGAAAAAGACCAACGAGAGGUUGAAAAUCUUCAACAGGAACUCGAGAAUCAGAGGAUCGAAAUCCAGGGGCUUAACCAAGAAAUUCAGAGAUAUCGAGACCAACUGAGUCAAGUUGAUGAUAGCCAUUGGGAGAGUGAAGAAUACGAAAAAGAAAUCGAACAACUACAGCUAAAUCUAGAACAUCAGAAAAUGGAAACUGAGAAGAUGCGUAAUGAGUCUCAGAAACUUAAAAUAGAACUUACACAAGCACAAGAGGAUGCCCAAAACAUUGAAGUAGAGCGGGGCCGUUUCCAACAACAGUUAGAAAAACUGAUACAUGAAUUGGAACAAAAAGAGGCAGAUCUAAACGCCUUCCGCAGCCAGCAGGGAGCGACCCAACAACAGUUAAAUGUACAGUUAACAAAGUUAAACAAACAGCUGGAAGAGAAGCAGCGUAUUGUAGAAGAACUGGAAAAGAGGAGGAAGGAAGACAUGGAACAAAUGGAGAAAGUGUUGUCACAGGCAGCAACAGGUCAGAAUGAAGCGUUCGCCAAACAAGUGGCUGAGCUGCGACAAAAAACCUCUGAGAUUGAGAAAGAAAAAAACGACUGUCAGAAGGAACUAGCCAAAGCGAAAGAGGAGUCCAAGCGGUCAACGUCCGAACUAGAACGGUUAUUGCAGAUUAUGACCUCCACAGAAGAAGAAAAAUUUGCUCUAAAUCAGCAAAUCAAGGAACUGCAAGACUCUCUCAAGGAGAAAGAGGCUCAACUAAGCAGUAUGAGAAAGAAUCAGCAAACUGAUAUGGGAAGAGGUGUUCCAACGAGGGACGUCGAUCCAACUAAAGAUGCCUCGAAGGCACAGAGGAACUCAGGUGGAUCCCACCACCAUCAUAUGAAAUGCUUUGCCAUUUGGUCGUAUGGUCUAGAGGGCAGUUUACUUUUUCUUGCAGCGAGGUUCUCAUCCCUUAUCACUGUUCAACCAUCAUGGUGGGGGGCACCCCCACUAAUGGUAGUUUAUAAAUGCCAUCGUGAUAGUUGGAGGCUAGACCACUGGCACAUCCCAUUAACAGACUUUCCUGGUGUUGGAUCCCAUCUUCCUCCUGAAGGACUUGAAAACUUUUUGGCUAUGACAUAUGAUGGUCAACUUGAAGUUGUAGACACAGGAGAUAUAUUUCAAUUUUCUAUGCUGCAACCUCACAGUGGAUACUCGUAA